UUAAUGAUACUGUUUCCACAGCAGGGGAAGAGAGAACUGAUCCUGAACAUACUCCCAGAGAAUGAAUAAUCACAAGAAACUGGCUUAAGCAGCUCCCUGGAUCUGGUGCAUGAUUUCAAUUGAGUUUGAUUUGAUUUGAUUAUUUUUUAUUUUUUUUCCCCAAGUCAUCGUUCGCAUUUUAUUUUCUGCAUUUCUUUUUUUUUUUUUUCUUCUUCUUUUUUUUUUUUUUUUUUUUUUCACCUUUUGGGGGAUUUGCAAACCGAAUUACAUGCAUGUCCAGUGGGGGAAGGUUUAAUUUUGACGAUGGAGGGUCGUACUGUGGAGGCUGGGAGGACGGAAAGGCUCAUGGCCACGGAAUCUGUACCGGCCCGAAGGGUCAAGGUGAAUAUUCGGGCUCCUGGAGUCACGGCUUUGAGGUGCUGGGGGUCUACACUUGGCCCAGCGGCAACACUUACCAGGGCACCUGGGCGCAGGGCAAGCGCCAUGGCAUUGGCAUGGAGAGCAAGGGGAAGUGGGUGUACAAAGGAGAGUGGACCCAUGGAUUUAAGGGACGGUACGGGGUCCGAGAAUGCACUGGAAACGGGGCCAAGUACGAAGGCACCUGGAGCAAUGGAUUACAGGAUGGCUACGGGACAGAGACCUACUCGGAUGGAGGGACAUACCAGGGCCAGUGGGUCGGAGGGAUGCGCCAGGGUUACGGCGUCCGGCAGAGCGUUCCCUACGGCAUGGCUGCGGUUAUCAGGUCACCCCUGAGGACAUCCAUCAACUCCCUGCGCAGCGAGCACACCAACGGCACGGCGCUGCACCCCGACUCCUCGCCGGCGGUGGCCGGCAGCCCUGCCGUCUCCCGGGGCGGCUUCGUCCUCAUGGCCCACAGCGAUGCCGAGAUCCUCAAGAGCAAGAAGAAGGGCAUCUUCCGGCGGUCGCUGCUGAGCGGGCUCAAGCUCCGUAAGUCCGAGUCCAAGAGCUCCUUGGCCAGCCAGCGGAGCAAGCAGAGCUCUUUCCGGAGCGAAGCCGGGAUGAGCACGGUCAGCUCCACCGCCAGCGACAUCAACUCCACCAUCAGCCUGGGCGAGGGCGAAGCCGAGCUCUCCGUCAUCGAAGACGACAUCGAUGCCACCACCACCGAGAUCUACGUCGGGGAGUGGAAGAACGACAAGCGGUCGGGCUUCGGGGUGAGCCAGCGCUCGGAUGGGCUGAAGUACGAGGGAGAAUGGGCCAACAACAAGCGCCACGGCUAUGGCUGCAUGACCUUCCCCGAUGGCACCAAAGAGGAGGGCAAGUACAAGCAGAACGUCCUGGUCAGCGGCAAGAGGAAGAACCUCAUCCCACUGCGGGCCAGCAAGAUCCGCGAGAAGGUGGAUCGGGCUGUCGAGGCGGCUGAGCGGGCGGCCACCAUCGCCAAGCAGAAAGCGGAGAUCGCAGCAUCCAGGACCUCUCACUCCAGGGCCAAGGCGGAGGCGGCUGUGACGGCGGCGCAGAAAGCUCAGGAGGAAGCGCGGAUUGCCAGGAUCACUGCCAAAGAGUUUUCGCCUUCCUUCCAGCACAGGGAAAACGGGCUCGAAUGCCAGCGACCGAAGCGCCAGAACUCGAGCGAUGACAUUGAGGUCCUCUCCACCGGGACGCCUCUCCAACAAGAGAGCCCCGAGCUGUACCGCAAAGGGACCACCCCGUCCGACCUGACUCCCGAUGACAGCCCGCUGCAGAGCUUCCCUGCCAGUCCCUCCUCCACGCCGCCCCUGGGUCCUUCCUGCAGGAACAAGAGCGCUCACUUCUCCAGGCAGGUCUCGGUGGACGAAGAGCGGGGUGGGGAGAUCCAGAUGUUGCUGGAGGGACGCGGCGGGGAUUACUUGCGCCCCAACAGCUGGAGCGAAGAGAAGGUCGGCGGGACGCGCGGCGUGAGAAGCGGGACGCUGCGCAGCGGUCAGCUAGGGUCAGCCUCCAUCCCUGAAGACUACAGAGGUCGGAGCGGAGGACACAAACAUUCGGCCUCCAACCACAAGCAAAGAGAGAGGUGGACAGAUUCCCCAGCCACGGUUUCAUGGACUUCCCACCACAGGUCCCACAACCACAGCUCAGGGAGCUCCAAACUGCUUGAGCUCGACGAGGAGAAGAUGAGCAAUUACGAGAUGGAGAUGAAGCCCCUCAUGAGGAUGGAUUCUUAUAUGCAAGAGAUUCACACCCAAAAAAGACACUAUAGCAAAGGGGGACCCUGCAGGAGCAUGGCUGACGACCACCGCGGGGAAGACCGGGGCUUUGGGGUUCAGAGACUGCGGUCUAAGUCCCAGAACAAAGAGAAUUUCAGGCCAGCUUCCUCUGCCGAGCCCACGGUGCAGAAACUGGAAAACCUGAGAUUUGGGGACAAAGCUGAACCUCGGCUACUGAGGUGGGACUUAACCUUCUCCCCGCCACAGAAAUCUUUACCUGUUGCACUAGAAUCUGAAGAGGACAAUGGGGAUGCGCUCAAAUCCAGUACGGGCUCAGCUCCAAUCCUGGUAGUCAUGGUGAUCUUACUAAAUAUUGGAGUCGCCAUUUUGUUUAUUAACUUUUUCAUCUAAUUCAAGACUGUCUUGUUUGCAAAAAUAACAGUUACAUGUAUGAAUGGGGGAAAACAAAACAAAACAAAAACAAACCAAACAACAACAACAAAAAGGGAAAAAUCAUAACUCGAACUGUCCUACGACAAUUUCCAAGUCUUUUCACAGAAGAACAACAAACGAUCGAGUCUCACUCACAGUUUGCCUUUUUUCCUGGGUAAUGUUUUUUGGAUUUUAGCCAAAAUUCUUUGCUUGUAUAACACUAUGCUGUGUGGCAUGGCAAAAUGCUAUCAACACUCUGCCCCCCCAACACUGGAAAGGAUGAGAAGGAAUCCCAACAAAAUAAAACCUCAUUCCCCUUCCCCUCAACCCCCCCAAAAAAAUAUAUUCGUAACAACGGUAACAAACCCCAAAAUGGAGACGAGGUGAGGGGACUGUGGGGAGAGUUUGUUUGAAGUAUGUACGGGUCCUGGGACGCUCCAGGCUGAGUUUCCCAGGGAAAUCCACAACAGCUUUAAUGAUAAAGUAAACGGGAGAGAAAAGCGAAAUCAGGCUUUUCUUCCUUCUCCCUUCGCAAAUGGAGAAACGUUGCUGUAAGAAGGAGGAGAGAAGGAGCACGGGGAAGGCACGCACCCCGUCUAGAUGUGAAAGAUGGGAGAAGGGCAACGGGCCCCAUUUUGUUAUUUGUUUUUUAAAACAAAGCAGCAAUUGGUGAUUUGCUAAAUUUCUUGGGGCGGGGAGGGGGGAAUAGGGAACACAAGGUGCGAGCAGCAGCCCCCCCACCCUCCUGCCUUCACUCCUCCUCCCCGCGCUGCUCCCCCCGGGCCAUGGCAGGGCUGGAAAACCACCCGCUGCUACUUCUAAUUCACAGCCGAUUUCUCCUGGGUAAAAAUGCGUACCCAGAUUUCCACCCACCCCCCCUCAAAAAAAAAAAAAACCAACAAAAAAACAAACCAAAACUUGCAGGCACCUUCAGCAACACAAAUUGAGGAGCUGCUGGUCAUCCUGCCGGGCUCACCAACACGCGAGGAGCAGCCUUCCUUGAGCAUCCCAUCCCGAACACGCACGCACAGAGAUGCCGGGGAGCAGACUGGUGGGGAGGGAGCGGGGAGAGAGGGCUCAAUUCUGAUCCGCUUGGGAUACAAUAAAACGAAAUGCAGCAAAAUAAGAUAAAACUCUUUUUCAAAGGCAUCUGGGGAGGAGCACUGGAGCAUGUCCCAGAGAGGAGGGAGAGGGUGGUGGGUUUGUCUCUUACAUCUUGCUGUGGACUGUUUCAGACAUCAUGCUUGGGCUCUGAGCAUGUAGUAUUUUGCACUUUGUAAUGCAGGAUGUAUAUUCCAGCUUCCAACAUGUCCCUGUAAAAAAAAAAAAAAAAAAAAAAAAAAAAAAAGAAAAAAAGAAAAAAAAAGGAAAAACAAAAAACCAAACAUCAUUGGCAAUGGCAGCCUCUAAGGAUGUAUUCUUUUCUUUUUUUUUUUUUUCUAUGUCACUUAAUUUGUUCGUUUAUAUCAUCUUUGUAAUAUGCCUGCCUUGAUUUUCUCCCCUCCCCUGUCCCCACUGAUAAUAUGCAUACUCAUUAAAGAUGCCGUAUCCCUGUUCUGA